AACAACAUGGAGGCCUUGUUAGAAGAAAGUAACAACUUUUCAAGGUUUCUUCCUCUAUUUAAGCUUGAAUACAUCUGCGAUCGCCAAGUUUCAUCAAUACGAAUGGACUGUAACCUUUCAAUUUCGUUUUUGUUUUCAGUAGAGUACGGAUGAACUUCAGGAAGACAACAGUUAGGAUGCUGUGAACAGCUAACAGCUGGAAGUGGAGUUAGCAGUCGGCACAGGAGAUUCCCAGUUAAGUCAAACUCAACCAAAGUGCUCGCGUCUGCGUAUCAGUUUGCAGUUGGAUUGGACCUUGCAAACGCCGGUCUGGAGCAAACUGAGUGUAGUUGCUAAAGGAUGGAGACCACGAUGACAGACGUUGAGGUGAACAAAGGCUUGAAACUAAUAUGAGAGAGGACCAGAUAGGCGUAAUGCACUCACCGACUGCUGAUUUGGAUGUGCCGAGAUUAAAGGUUAAAGGUCUAAGUGAGGAGCUGGCCGAGACUAAGGCAAAACUUGCUACCACUCAGGCAGAACUUGUCCGGACCGAAGCACUGCGCACCGAGGCUGAAGAGUGCUCUGUGAAGCUACGCAAGAAGGUGGAAAAGUUAAGCCAAGAACUAGAGGACCUGCACAAGGCUGCAAAAACAUCAAUCUCGGAUGUCAGUUGCCAGACAGAUCCCGUUGCGAGUGACGUUUCCUCAACAGAAGGCACUGUAGCAGGGAGCACUGGCCCAUCUGAUUGGGUGACAGAAGUGGGAACGUCAGGCCAGAGUGCCUCACAAUCAGUUGCAGACAGCGUCAGGGCUGCAGCUGAAGCCGCUACAACUAGGACAGGCUUCGUCCUGGACCAGACAAGUGGCAUGUACUACGACUGUAACUCUGGCUUCUACUACGAUCAGGUUAAUAAGCUGUAUUAUGAUCCCAGCAAUGGAAUCUACUACUACUUUGAUGAGGGAACGGGUUCCUACCAGUUCCACUCACAGGUAGAGCUCCCGACCGCUGCUCAAUAUGGCCAGGGGCGUCGUGGGAAGGGGCGAGGCAAUGCUUGGGGGAAGCGGAAGGACAGGAGACUGGGGGAAGAAUCCAGGGAGAUUGAUGUAAGGAGGAGAGAGAGCCUUGAAGAUAUGGAUUGUCAGAUCAUUGAAAUUGGCCAGGAUACCAGACAUGGCUACAAGCGACGCCGGAGGGACGCCACCGAAAACCAGAUGCGUGGUUCUUCAGAGAGAGUUGACAAUGACGCUCCAAGGAGAGCUCACCGUGAGAGGCGACACAGAAGAGAGCGCCACAGUCACGGUCGUGGGGACAUUGGUGAUGGGGAGGCUACCAGUGAACAACAUACUCAUGAGCUUAAGAAGAGGAUGCAGUCACUGGAACGAAGACGGAAGCAGCGCCGGAAGAGUCAGUCCAGGAGGAGGAGAAAGAAGUCUAGGGAUAGGGGCAGAAGAGACGAGGAAUAUGAUGGCAGGUACCCCAGUGGGCUGCAAGAUCAAGAAUCAGUAGAAGGGUUGUCAGAUGGGGAGAUUAGGAAUGAUGAAGGACUGGAUAUGGAUGGUCUUGAGGGAGGCAGUAGUCAAAGCAGAAAGAAUCACCGAACCACAGAUGAAAACAGGAAUCAGUUUGUGGAGAAUGAGGGAGCUGGCAACAGUCCAGACAGAGGACUGGGUGAAACUGAUGCGGCUGGUUCUGGCAAGCAGAAGGAUGAAACCAGUCCGGAAACUGUUGGGGGAAGUUCCGAGAAUUCCACAGCAAAAGAUGAUUCGCCACUCGGAGAGGAAGGGAAGGCUGAUGAGGGUGAGGCCCAAGGUCAAGGGUCAGCAGAAGAGGCAGCAGAGGUCAGAAGCCAUUGCCAGGUCAUUGUCCCGAACCCGGAAGCCGAGCCUCGGAGAGGUGGAGCCAAAGAGCAGCCAAAUGGGUCAGAAGGAGGCUUCGGUGGGGAAAUCCACAAGGGGUACUCUGAUGGGGAAAUUAUCGAGGAUGUCAUGAUUGUGGAAGACGGCGAAGAGCCGAUUGUCCUGAGCUCGGACGAGAUGGAGGAAGGGGAGCUGUCUGAUAGUUUGUCAGAAGUUUCCUCCAGUGAGGGCAGUUCACUGGAUUCUUCAAGUGCUACAUCUGAGGAUGGGUUGGAAGAGAUAUCGGUGGAUUCUGAUAGCUCUAGUGGACUAGAAGUGCUGAAGGUUGACUACCCUCCUUGUAUCAGAAUGAUUGUCACCAAGUCUGACACUCUGAAACCAGGAUCACUAUUCAUCAUUACAUGUGCGGGUGGUACCAUUGGAAGAGAGGGCAGCAACCAUGCUCUUUUGAUUCAGAGCGUGAAAGUCAGUAAGCGGCACGCUCAUAUCAUCUACGACGCACAAGAGAGGCAAUACACGAUAGUCGACCUUGGCAGUCAGAACGGGACGCUGCUCAAUGGGAAAGCCAUAUCAGAGCAACGUGUUGUCAGUGAGCCCCACCCCUUGUCUCACCGUGACUACAUUACCAUCGGUGGCACCACCCUGCGACUGCACAUCCACCCGGGCGAUGAAACGUGCGAGGAGUGCGAGCCAGGUCAGGUGCAGGCCCUGAUAGCGCAACAGCAGCUGAACGAGAUGUCUGCAGGGACAACCUCCGGCAGCAGGCCCGAAAAGGAACAGCAACGUCGCAAGGAGCUGCGCCACCUCAAGAAGAAGUACAACCUGGCCAAGGAUGACUACUCCAAUGUGGACCCAUCGCUGAUAAACCCUGCCUAUGCUGACAGGGCAGGGGAGCGACGACGGGCCGUGGGUAGCGACAAUCCGUAUCAGCCGGAUGACCAGCCUGCAUCUGUGGACAGGGCGAUCGAAUCGUCAAACGUAGGCCACAAGAUGCUGUCCAAGAUGGGCUGGACUGAGGGGCAGUCCUUGGGCAAGGGAGACCGUGGAAUCAAAGAGCCGAUUCAAGCAGUAGUCCAUAGCAGGAAUGCUGGGCUAGGAUCAAGAGUAGUUCAGUCCAUGGACCAAGUACAGUAUGCAAGACGAAGGAACGACAAUUGGGACAAAGCUAGAGGGCGCUUUAAUCUCACUGAUCCCCAGCAGUCAGCUGCUGCCAAUCGCGGCAAGAAGGCGCCAACAUGGGUGCAGGGUGGGACAGAAAAGCUUGAUGCAAGUCCACAACAUUCAACAGCAGAUGACCCAAGCAGUGGCAAUGCUUUUGGCAUGGUUCAGCUGCCGCUGGCUGAACGAGGGAAAGCAGAUGGGAGACGUAGAACAUCACAGGGGAUUGUGGACAUAUGGGACAAUUCGAUGGAUGCAGGACGGACAUCCUGGCUUGGUUCAUCAAAGGGAAUGGAAGAAACCAUUCACAGCAGAGACCAGCAGCACAGCAGAGACUCUCAGGAAAAACAGCGUGAUGAUUCCACCGAGUACGAAAGGCUAUUCCUCGGUGAUAGAGCUCAAAGUGGCAACCUCGAAGGAGCGACUGAAGCAUUGGGAGCUCCAUUCACUGCAGACAGCAGUUUCAAAAAUGUACAGCUGACAGAGGGAAGCCACGAUGAAUCCAAGAGAACGAGACAGCCUCCACGAGGUGUUGAAGAUAGGCUCCUUCACAGCUCCACUUCGACUGUAGACACUGAUGCAGGGAGGGUUUCUGAGCAGAUUAUACCAGCAGAUUCCAGUUGUGUGGGCUUGGAGGAAUCAAACACAGCUGAAUCCUCUGUUAAAAAAACAGUCUCAGAUGGAGAAUCCUCUUUGACUGCCUCAGUUGAUAGCACUGACGAGACUUCCACAAACACUCCCCAGCUCCCAACACCUCGUGAAAUGAGAGUAGAUAGAGAGCAGAACACGGGCGGGCCAGAAAACAUUGACAAGGCAGUGCAAAGUGGCUCCCUACCCUCAAGGAUAUCUGAUGAGAAUCUGGAAGCAUCUGCAAAGAAGACUGACGUUAAGAAUGGAGAACAGCCAAAAUCUGUUGUCCAGCCAAGCCAGGAGGGGACAGAGAAGGCAAAGAAAAUCCAACUGAAGUGGAGCAAAGGGGGCAAGGAGAAACUGGCGACGAGUCUUGUGGCCUUCGAGGAGAGUGAAUCUGACGGGGAGAACGGGGACGACUUGGCAGGUAACAGCAAGAGUGUUGAGCAGGAGCAAGUCCAACAGCCUCAGGGGGAGGAGCAUAGAGCAAGUAGGAGUCGGCGAGGAUCUAACAAGCCCAGUCGAUGGUCUAGCUCAAGGAACUCUUCCGGGAAUUGAAGAUAAAUACUUACUAAAGGAAAAAAUUGGACUUUGUUAGAGUCUUAUUUUUACAGCUAAAGCACGUCAUUUUGGAAAGCUACAUAUGGGAAAGUACAUGUAUGGAACUUGACAUUUUGUUGACAUUUCUACUGAUGUGCACUGUUUUCAUUAGACUCUAAGCCUCUUUACAAGAACAUGGUUGGAACCUAUUUUAUCUCUGUGGUGCUAACUACAUGUACGUACAUGCAACUGCAACUUGUUUUACAAAGAAAAAAUGAAAUAUUAUUUUAAUUGAAUGCAAAUUGGUGCAACUUUUGGCGAGAUAAGAUCUGAUCACAGCCUAGUUCACCCCUUGACUUCUGAAAACUUGGUCUUGUGACUGAAAUAUUUUUUUAGUUUAAAUCUCUGACCACUGUUUUAAACUUAAAGCGAUAUUGUCUGUAGGUUUAGAGUAUUUCACAGUGUUGCCCAUUGCUUUAAUACAGGAAAGUCUGCUUGCACACAAGAGAAAAGGUUUCUGUAUAGCAUAGCAACAAAAAAUGUAAAUUGUCUCUAAAGUUGUGAUGUCUUUGCCGUGGCCAUGAAAAUUCCUCUGGGCUUAUGUCAAUUUCAAUGCUCCCAUAAUGCAGUGCGUUAUCAGUAAGUCACUGUGCUAAUAAAACAUUUGGCAUUUUCCUCUUUGACAGUGAACUCAAGUUCAGUUUACAUUGCUUACAUGUAUGUGUGUGAUGCAUGAACAGAAUUUUAUAUUCGCUUUUGAAGUUGUCACGAGACCUGAUCGGACACAGAAAAGAAAAUUCUUUAUGACACCAUAAGAAGGGGCUUAUCAUGGACCUAUUCUCUCAUUAAUUCUGAAGGGCAUUAAUCCUGUGUGAUGCUUAUUGUGAUAUCACGCAUGCAAACAUGCAAGCGAAUGUAAUUUUUGUUACAAAGUCAGAUGAUUGGGAUGUGUCUACUAUGCGCACACACAAGAGCCAAUAAAACGUGUUACUGUGUUGAUAUGGGGACCAGUCCAGUGGGGGAAAAAUUUGAAAGCAGUGGUUCAUACGGGUACUCACUUUUCGUGCAGAAUCUUUGUGGACAAGGGUGGUACCUCUUUGAUUGUGGUGUUGUCUGUGUCAGCAUUUGGGGAUACUAGAGUGCAUGGCUGUACUACAUGUAUAUUGCAAUGACAGAUCCAGGAUUUCUGAAAGGGGCUGUCAAGUCUUUGAUGUCAAUACGUACAUGUACAGGCAUGACAACGAUUAAUGGGUCUCUGUCAAUGACGUCACUUCCUACAGAUGGCCACAUACAUAAACAGUUUUGACUUCCAAUUUACGUGACAUGCAUAGGCUGCACCACAUUUCAAGAGCAUUUGGAUCAUUGUGCUUGCAUGUAUAGUGUUUGCACACUGCGUGCAUAUGCACCUGUUGGAGUUGAAAAAGAUGUAGUAAUUUUCCUACAAAGAUGGUGUCCUUUGAAAGAGAUCUGUUGCUUGAAAGAAACUAGAUUGAUAAUAUUGCACAAUCAAAUUAAUGGAGGCCAGUUUCACAAAUUGGCCAUUAACAUGAAAUACACAUAUUUGCAAGGAAAUUCGGUGUUUCUUCUGUGUCCAAAGCAUUGAUCUGAAGGGUACUUUUUAGUCUCUGAGGCCAAAAAAAAGAGAGAAAAUAAUGGUGAGCUUAAGCAAUGAAAUGCUAUAUUAGGGUAAUGAGUAAUGUGGUGUUGUCCAAAUAAAUGUGUGCAUUUGUACCUUCAAUUUUUUCGGUUGAAUGUACGUGCAGAUCUUCAGAUUCUAGAGGCAUUGUAUAUUACAUGUAUGUAGGAUUUCGUAGUCUUGUAAACUUUCAUAAAGAUAUUAAAAGAAAAUGCUUUUGCAGGUAAAAAGGAAUGCUGGA